GCCGACAGCGGGUAGAGGUGUGAGGGCGGCAGGGGACCUGAGCGGGAGCCGGGCCGGGGUGGCCGCCGCCGCCACCGCCACCAUGCAGGAAAUCAUCGCCAGCGUGGACCACAUCAAGUUCGACUUGGAGAUCGCGGUGGAGCAGCAGCUUGGGGCGCAGCCGCUGCCCUUCCCCGGCAUGGACAAGUCGGGGGCUGCUGUCUGCGAAUUCUUUUUGAAAGCUGCCUGUGGCAAAGGGGGCAUGUGCCCGUUCCGCCACAUCAGCGGCGAGAAGACGGUUGUGUGCAAACACUGGCUGCGGGGGCUGUGCAAGAAGGGGGACCAGUGCGAGUUCCUGCACGAGUACGACAUGACCAAGAUGCCCGAGUGCUACUUCUACUCGAAGUUCGGGGAGUGCAGCAACAAGGAGUGCCCCUUCCUGCACAUCGACCCCGAGUCCAAGAUCAAGGACUGUCCUUGGUACGACCGUGGCUUCUGCAAGCAUGGCCCCCUGUGCAGGCACCGGCACACGCGGAGAGUCAUCUGUGUGAAUUACCUCGUGGGAUUCUGCCCGGAGGGGCCCUCGUGUAAAUUCAUGCACCCUAGAUUUGAACUGCCGAUGGGAACCACCGAGCAGCCCCCACUGCCGCAGCAGACGCAGCCUCCCGCAAAGCAAAGUAACAAUCCGCCAUUACAAAGGUCGUCCUCCUUGAUCCAGUUAACGAGUCAGAACUCUUCUCCCAACCAGCAGAGAGCCCCGCAGGUCAUCGGGGUCAUGCAGAGUCAAAACAGCAGCGCAGGCAACCGGGGACCCCGGCCGCUGGAGCAGGUCACCUGUUACAAGUGUGGCGAGAAAGGACACUACGCCAACAGAUGCACCAAAGGGCACCUGGCCUUUCUCAGUGGACAGUGACAGCAGCUGCAGCAGCUCAGAGCAGCCCGAGGCGCCCCGUUACUGGGGACCCGCUGGGCCAUCCUGGGGAGUGUGCAUUUACCUGCUCGAUGCUGG